GAACACAUGAAGUGGCUCAGAAUGAGGGAGGGCAUUUGAGCUCUUACUCGGAAUGCCAAAAGCACCCUGGCCAUCUCCCGUUCUUCUCUGUUAAUGACUUCGGAGUGGACGCCCUUGGCAACGUUCCCCAGGGUUUUUGCAAGGAAGACGUUGUUUCUUGGGUGAAGAGUUGGGCGCCUUUGGUAGUCAAAAUAUGUUCAUUAUUUAUCAGCGAACAGCGACCUCCCACAUGGGAGAACCAGUCCCCUUACCCAUUUGCUGACAUCAGAGGUCAAUUCGUCAAUCACAUGGGAAGUGGGUGUGUGCGUGUCGUAUUGGGUCCUAUUGAAGGCCUGUGUUUCUGUUACUCGUGCAGUAAGUCUGGGGUGAAGAAAAACAAGUAUUGGGAAAUUCAAAUACUCACUGCCCGUCACGUAGUUUUCGACGACUUGGAAGCGAACUGGUGUAAUAUUGUUUGCUUUGAUGAGCGUCCAGACAAGAAUGGCACACAGAUAGUACGCAGUUGCAAAGUUCUAGACGCUGACACGGAGAAAGACACUUGUUGUCUACUGUGUUACACACAUAGCAGUGAUCUAGCACAAAACUUAAAGAGACUGAGUGACACACGCUAUGAAAUAGACCUCAGAGUAGCACAGAACGUUAAGGAACGUUGUUCUCAGCUUCGCGAGGAAGACAAGAGUAGGCCUACGUUUAGGACAAUUAAAGAGUUAAGAGACCAACGAGAUGAAACAGACGCCAAAAUUGCUCAGCUUUUGUUAGACAAAACAACUUACAGACUCUUGGUUUUUGUCAUCUCACACCCGCACGGUUGUGCGAAGCGCAUUACUGUAGGACACCACAGGGGGCGGGAGAAAGGUUGUCUGACAUACAAGGCAGCUACUUGCCCGGGCAGUAGCGGUGGUGCUGUUCUGAUUCUAGGGCUGCGCGUCGUUUCUGAGGCGCUGUGGAGGAAAGAGUGGUGUGGUCGGUUUGAGUCAGCCCCGCACAGUUGUGCCCUGGAGACUGGUGUUGGCCGCAGUGCCGCUUGGUUGUGGGACACAUGAUAGGUGAUGCUC